AUUUACUCCAUGACUUUUAUAAUCAAACCAUGCCAUCAUCGGAGAAGAAAAGAGAAAAAAAGACAAAAGGAAGCUGUAGGAAGAAGCCAGCUACCCCCAAAAAUGAUUUUUGUAUAUAUUGACUUGCUUUAUAGAGGAUAAAAAAUUUAUUAAGUCUUUUGUAAAUUUUUAGAAAUCUGUUCUUGUUCUUGAGAUAUAUACUAAAAAUUUAAAUAUUUAAAAGCUGGAGAAGACAUAUAUCAGAGAUUAGAUGCUUUUAGCUAGCUAUAGCUAUGCUCUGAAAAAAUGCUGAGACCCAAAUAGGCACUGUGCUCUACAAGACAACUCCGUACAAAAUCUAACAGCCCACACAGUGUGCAAUUUCCCCAAUUUGCCUCACAUGGCUUGGGAUAACACCCAGCUAUGGUAACAUUUACUGGCCCAUAUUAAAUCGCUGCCAAAGGGUAGAUAGAUAGAUAGAUAGAUGUUCAUAUUUUACAUGGCUAGCCUUACAAAUAUCAAGGGAUAUACCCUGUCUAUUAUUUCCAGGAGGGGCCAUGGCGUAGAUGGAGAGUCCUAGAGUAUUUAAUGCUCAUUUUGAGCUACGCAGACCCAAUUAGAGCCCGCGCUCUACUAGACAACUCCCGGCAACAUCCAACGGCCCACACAGUGUGCCAUUUUCCCAAUUCCCCUCACAUGACUUGGGUUAACCCGGGGCUAUGGUAACAUUCACUCGCCCAUGUUGAAUCGCCGUGAAGAGGAAUCGAACCCCGGUCUCCCGCACAGAGUACGAGAGCUAUAACCACUAAUCUACGGCGCCACAACGGUAUCGAACCUUGGUCAUUCCCACAAAGUGUGAGAGUUGUAACCACCAAGCUAUGGUGCCACUGCUGUUGCUAAUGAAUUUUCUGGCUGCUGUCACUGGGAAAGCCAUGUUUAGCCCACACAAUGCUUGUUCAGUCAGGGUAAACACUUAAUACACCUUUACGAUAAUUCAAUUGUACAUGCGUUCCUACGGCUCUCCAUCGUUUUACAAUAUCGGAAAAAGGAGGUAAAAAUUGUGUUUUUAUGAGAGUUUGUUAGAGAUGAAAGCUUGUUUUCUCCCGUUUUUUAACUUCCGUUGUAUCAAUUUCUUUCAAAUUUUCAGGAAACGUUGAUAAUAAUGACAUACAACUUAUGUGUACUUUUCUUUAAAAACAAAACGUGUCAAGAAAAGUUAUUAGGAAAAAACGUGUUUUCUCCUUUAAAAACUCUUUAAAAGUGUGAUGUUUACCUCCUCCGAUCACAAAAUAAGCUGCGAUGGAGUGUUAGUUGUCCUAAAUUAUCGUAAAGGUGUAUUAGGCAACGGUAGGCUAAUUAGGGCAUACCACCUAUUUAUGUGACUCAUUGUAGCCUAAUUAGGCCAUAUGUAAGCUAGUUAACACAUUACAAUAUUUAAUGGCUUUUCACACAUUCCUAAGAAAAAAUCGCAAAAAUCUUUGUUCAGAAUGGAUAUUCUACGCGACCAUGAUUCCAAAAUUGCACGGAAGUAAGAAUUAUGUUAAAAUGAAAUAUAUAACCUAAUUAGGUUAAGUGUCGCCUAUUUAGGUGAACACUGCCACGUUUUCGUCCGCCAUAUUAAUUUUUUCCCUGCGGCGUGAAUGGCUGAAAUCCAUUAUUUAAAACAACAAAUAAUGCCACACAAGGUUUGGGCCAUAAGUUACCAAUGCGUGAUGCAAAUAAGACAAUAAUUGGUGAAAAUUAUCUGCAAGGUGGACAGAUUUGAUUCACAAUUUGAUUCACAUUGAGAAACGCAAUGAUUUCGAUGUAUUUACAACAGAAAGUUUAUGUUCGCCUAGUUAGACUACGGGUAGCCUAAUUAAACUACAUCACGUCGCCUAACUAAACGACUCGCCCAAUUAGGUCAUUCUGCCUAAUUAGGUGUUUACCCUGACUGUUGUUGAGGGAAAAGUUGAUGUUGACAUAAACUCUGUUUUUCUGACUUAAUAAGUUCUUAAGAGUUUAAUGCAGCCAACAGUCCAUUUUGAAAACAUAAAAAUACCAUUAUAUGACAGGCCUAGUUUUAGUACAGGUGUUUGUGUAAAAUUAUUAAGACACUAUAUAUAUAUAUUUUUGCAACCACCUUUAAACAAUUUUGAUCCUACUACACUACUUUGUAUUAAAAAUAAAAUGAUACGAAAGAUUUAAUAAAAUGAUACGAAGUUUUUUAUACGAAUUAUACGAACUAAGUAUGAACGUUUUGAGACGAUCCCUUAUUUUUUUACGCUGUGAUUUAAGAACAGUAUAAUAAAAUUAUUUCUUUCGAGAUUAUCGUUUAAUUUUUUUUUCUUUGCGCUACAAUUUGAACAGAUAGUUAAUUAAUUUUAACUCAUGGUGAUGUAUCGAGACUGCCUAUCGAGGAAGCGCGAUAAGGCUUCACGCGCGAUAGAAAUUUAGGAGCAAAAAAAGCUAUACGCGAUCCUCGAUGUUAAGAUACCUUUUUACAGUACUGUAAAGUUAGAUUUCCCAUGUUAAUACACACUUUAACAUAUUGAAACUUGCUGUUUAUGCUGCUCAGUUUUAGUGACUGUACAAUAAUUAUUUUAAUGGAAUGGGAAUAGAGUUGGUCAAUAAUGCAAAACUUGGUUGUUAUACAAAGUUGAGUUCCUAAACAAGACCCAGAAAACGCAGAUUGGUUCGUGGUGCUGUGCCAACAAUAUUUGCUCAUAAACCGCUGGCUGGUAAAAGAACUGUUAUCGAAAAGCUUGAGAAGAAAAGGUUGGUUUCAGAAGCACUAAAAGAUGCAGAAGCACGAGAAAAAGCAGAAGCUCUAAAAAAAGCACAGGAACUUGAAAAGGCAGAAGCACUGAAAAAAACAAAUAGAAGAAGUGAAAAGAAUAGAAGCGCUGAAACAAAUAGAAGCACAGAAAAAGGUAGAAGAACAUAUGAGAAAAGCAGAAGAAAAAGAUAAGAAAACAAAAUGUGAUUGUUGUUUAUCUGAAGCAGUUAAUAAGAAUGUGCAUGCUUGCACACGUCAUGUUUGUACGCAGACUGGGGUUUUUGUGAGAGUCAAAGCUUGCCAGUUUAAUCCCCAACAUUCUUGUAAAUACGUCCAAGCUACAAACAAAUCCAGAUCUUUUGGUACACAAACCAAAAAUUCCACGACAAGUUACCAUAUAGAAUCUAUUUGCAAAACAUUUGGUAUACCUGAACUAAAGGCAGCAAUAAUAAAUUUGAUUCAACAGCAUGCUUCAAAGAAAAUGAUCUUGUCACCUUUCUUGGAAGAGGGAAAUACAACAUCGAGAACAACACCUGGCAUUCAAUCAAACAGGAUGGAUUUGGAAAAAGAGAAUGACCUUUCUUUAAAUAUAAAGAAGAAGAAACAGAAAGAUUCUAUGGUCAAUUUUACUUCUCUCUUACCAGAAGGUGUUCAAAAUAUGAAAGAACUUAAUCGUGAUAUGUUCACUGUUAAUACUGUUUUUCCAUGUAUAAAAUGCAGAUCGAUCUCUUGUGAGAAAAUUUUAUCUAUUUUUCGUCGUAAAUUACUGAAAAGGCCUAAUUUUAAGCGAAUUCGAAAAGGUCAAGAUGGUGAUGAAAGAAGUAAAAUAAUUUUACUGUGUCCGGAUAUCACAUCCCUGGAUGAGUUUACAACAAGUCAGAAAACUAUUUUAGAUGAAGAAGGAGCAUUGUUUACAACGCAUGAAAUUGAGUUGACAUAUAAGGAUUUUAAUUUGGAAGAGAUCCUGAAAAAGGUUUUGCCUGAAGAUUCAGAGGAGUUGGUUAGUUCUUUUGAAACUGUUGGACAUAUUGCACAUGUAAACCUUAAAGAAAACUUACUGGAUUUUAAGCAUCUGAUUGGCUACUAUACAAUGCACAUAGCAACAGAUAUCUUAGAAGAUAUUGAGCCAAGAAUAGAGAAGUUUAUUUAAAAAUAAAUUUCAUUUGUAAAUAUAUUAUUAAAUCUAGAAAUAAAUUAGAUUGAAUGGAACAAAAAAUAAAAAAUAAAAUAUUCUCAGAACACGAUGUUGUAGAUGGAGAAAGGGCGGUAAUCAUUUGAUACUGAUACCCUCAUUCCACUGCCACGUUGUGAUACAAUCUCUGACUCCAAGUCCCACCCCUUAGAAAUUUUUGUUUAAUCAAACAUUUUUCAAGGUUGUUCAAGAAUCUUUGUAUGCAUGUAAAGUUAAAAAUAGAAGUUUUUGCAUUAUUUUGUAGGUUAUUUACUUUAUAAAUGAGACAAACAUUUAUGAAAAUAAAAGUUUCGUAAAAUAAUUUUGAGAAUAUUGUUAGUAUUGCAGUCUAUCUAAAUUGUUAAUAUAUUAAAUCUAGAAAUAAAUUAGGAAAAUUUAAAUGGAACAAAAAAUAAAAAUAAAAUUGAAAUAUUGAAAUCACUGGUAGAGUGUAACAAUCAUUUUGUAACUGGUAGGUUAUCAAAAAAGGAAUGGUGUCGUUCUGGAAUCAACCCUUUAGAACAAAGUUUCUUUAAAUCUUCUUUUUUUUGUGAUGAAAUACCACAAGGAAAUGGAUAUUUUUCCAUAUGCUUUUUCCUCUGAACCAAUUCUUUCUUUCUUAUUUCUCUUUUUGGAGCAGAAAAUGUAGCUUUGCGAUACCCCUCAUCAUAGCUGUAUUUAAAAAAGAUUUGCUCAGGAUUGUUGUACUCAAAUUUUAAUUCAACGAUCUCUGACCAGUAGACUUUGUUUACUUUCCUAUUUGACAUACCUAUUGUUUCAUUUAAAGCCUUUUGUUGCUCCUUCUCUUUGGCAGUCAUCUCCUCCUCUGUCUUAUCAAGCAUCACUGAAUUGAAUUCAGGAAAGGCAGAUACAUUUUUGUAAUCAAUAAUAUCUCUGUGGUUUAGAACUUCCAGAAAACAUCGAUUCUUUUUGAAAGCACAUUUGAUAAUAGUUUCCCAUUCAGCAGAUGUGUAAAUGGUUUUAUUCCUAACCAUUUGUUCAAUCAUGGAAUGUGCAUUGUCAUUCUCACUAUGUGAAUGACCUGACACAAGAUAGAUUAAAGUGAUGGAAUUGAUCCCACACGUGUACAUUAUAUCAGAUAGCAUGAUAAAUAUCAUGCGAUUGUUGUUUUGUCCUCCACAUCUAUCGCAAAAUAAGAAAAAGUCACGAAUUCCAUCUUCGGAUCUUUUUUGGAUGAACUUCUUCAAACAAGUUGCAACUUCAACUGACCCCUUUCGACACUGUGAUUUAUUCCAAAAAUAACAGUAAGUAUCCAUGUUAUCUAGCUCAGUGAUGGUAAAAUUGUGGUUGGUUAAUCUACGUGAAUAGUAAAAGGAACUUGUUUGUCCGAAGGGACAUAGCAAGACCUUUUGAAGAUCAAAGGCUGCAGCAAGAACAUCAGUAUUUUCACUGGCCAUUUUUUUACAGGUUUCUUUAAUCUCUCGAACACGAUCUUUAUCAUGAAGAUGGUUCUUUUGAGACUGUUCAACUUCUUUAUCAAUUUGUGUCUUGUCAAGAUUGUUGUAUGCCUCACAUGUGUCGCAUUUAUCUUUUUUUGGCUGUUGAAACUUCAAAUUAAAUUUUUCCUUGAAGACACGAUAAUAAAACGCAUAGUUUUCUAAGGUGUACCCCUUUUUGCUGCACCACUCACUGUACAUCCUAUACAUUUCAGCUACGCUGAGUUCUUUUGGUAAAUACUCAUAUUUGGCAUCUUUUCUCACAUAAUGAGACUCAACAACUUUGAAACAGCUGAUGUGUUCAAUUACUAGCUUCUCUCUCUCCUCCGAAGUUUUAUGAUUUUUGUGCCUGCCUCUGCCAUCGACCAAUGGAGCUCCUGUGUCUGUGACAUUGCUCAAAACAGUACGAACUCUUUUCUCAUUAAUUCCAAGUGUGUUGAGGAACAUAGUAGAGCACACUUUGACUUGUACACCAUUUCUGAUCAAAGUGUACAGCCUUGAUGGAGGAUCAAUGCGGAGAACAUGUCUUUCAAACUUUCUCUUCUUAACAGGCAAACCCAGCUUUGUGGCAAAUUCUUCAUUUUCUUUUAUAGCAGUCAAUCUUUUUUUCUCUAUAUCUAGGUGCAAAAGAAUAAGUUGAAUUCCUGUUUUUCACACUCACUCAAUAUGGUCUAUUUUUUUGUGUCCAAGUUUAGCAAGUCUUUUCCUGCUAAAUUGUUUCCUUUAAAUAAUAAAUAGAUCAACACCUGGAAUCUCUAUGUUCUUUGGAGCAUCCUCAUAAACACCACUCUCAUCAUCCAUGUUCUUUGAUCUUUCUGAAAAAUAAAUUAAACUACGUUCAGGAUGAACGAAUGUAGUAGUUUGCAACACUAAAGUAGAUUCAAAAUUUUGACCUACAGUCUUAGCCAGGGACUUUUUAUUAACUAUACCAAAAUUUCAGAACUUACCAUCCUCCUGCCCAAUAAAUUUUUCUUCACUACCUAAAAGGGAAGGAAUAUCACUGCUUAAAAUAUUUUAUUGCUUUAAUCAAUUCUUUUUGUAUGUUAUUUGGAAGUUUGUGAUUUUUCAUGAAAACAAAAUCCUAAAAAGCCACUUUUAAAGCUAAAAAAUAAAAGGUAAAGAUUAAUAAUUCAGACCCAGACAAAAAUAAAACCACAUUCCCUGCUGUAUUACCUAGUACUAAUUUACUGACAUCAAAGAGGUCUUCCGGUACUUCAAACGAUGGUGAUUCUAUAAAAAAUAUUAAAAAAUAAAGCAAGAUGUUAAAAUAAGGAAACUCUAAAAAUAGGCAAUAAUAAAGAGAAAACUUAAAAAUAAAAAUCUUUACCUAGAUAUAUAUACUUUGUAUGAUUACGAGGCAAAUAAAUAAAACAGUCAAAUAAGGUAUUUUAAUUUUGUUACCAGGUUUGGAGUCCAAAAUGCCUGCUUGUUUCAGAGUUGAAUUUAGGGUCUCAUUUCCUAGGUUGAAAUCUUUAAACACUGGGUAAAGAUUUUCUGGAUUAUCUAUAAAAACAUAAGAAUCAGACGGUAUUACAAAAGGUACUAAAUGCUGUAAGUUUUCUAACCUUAAAAUUAGAAAAAAUUAAAUGAAGCAGAAGUGUACCUGAUUUUUUAGUCAAAAUUUGAAUAGGUCUGUCAUCGCUUUCCUUGUAAAGGUUUUCCGUUUCCCAUGAAGAAAUUUCUUGGUCAACAUCCCACUUUACAAGCCACCUACUUCCUGAUUUCCCAGUGAUUGACCCAAAUACCCUUGCAUCCAACCAAGCCUUCCCAAAGUAAGAAUAUGAUUAAGAAUACGAUCCUCUACUUUAAUCUGUUUUCUGUCAAAACGCCAUGCUUCUGUCGAUACUCUUGAAGCUAUUUUUAUUCUAUUCAUGUCUUAUAAACUUAUAAUCUAAACUAACAAAACUAACUAUAAGACUACAGAUUACUGAACUUGGUUAAAACACAUCUUUACACAAUUUCCGAAAUAUGGACAUUUGAUUUUGUCAUGCAAAACAUUCGAAAUGCCAUGCAAAAGCUUCUUGGUUAAAAUUCGAAAAGCGAAAAUGUAUCUUCAUAACUUUAUUCUUUCCAAAAGAGCAAGGUCAGUUUAAUCCUUGUAAGCAGCAUAAUAGGAAAGCUAAGUAUAGGUAAGGAACUAUAAUGCAAGUAUUCAAUAGCAAAGAAAUUUCCCAGCAGCUUGAAUGCAAAGAAAUCCCAAUCCAAAAAGUACAAACAAGUGUAUAACAGUAACCUUAUGUUGUGACAAAAAAAGUUUUUGACUUAGAAAAAUCCUAUUUAAGAGGAUAAGUAUGAUAAGUAACAAAUUUGGUUAUAAACUCCUUACCAUUACUGCAGCCCUAUGUUAUAGGCCUCACAGGCUUUUUUAGGAAUAAAAAGCCUUAAGUAUGACAUUGGGACUUAAGUCUUUUUAGUUUGAAAAAUAAUUAAAGUUAAAAAGACUUAAGUCCAGUUUUUUAUCAAUACUGCAUUUAAGUCUUUUUAGAUCUAUAUUACCUGUACUUAAAGCUUUUUACAUCUAAGACCUUGAUUGGCCUCCAAAACUUACAAAUAUAAAAACAUGUAAAUAAAACUCAUUUUAAAUGAGAAAUUUAGGAACUUAAGGCUUUUUAAACCUGAAGAAUGAUAGUACUAAUAUGAAUCCACCAUUAGUUUAUUUUUCAAAAAAAUGCACUUAAGGCUUUUUAAUUUUAAAGCGACGAUGUAUAAAUAUUUUUUUUGCAUAUUUUUUGUUAAAAAAUGGCUCUGUAUGCAAUUUUACGGUACAUUCAAACAAUUGACAUGUUCUCACCAAAUUUGCAUACAUCAUUUCUUUCUUUAGGAGAUUCCUUUUUCACUUAGUGAUAUUGUAGUUUUCACUAUUUAUAGGCUACUUGUCAGCAUUGGCCAAUUUAUAAUAUAUUUAAAAGCUUGUUUCA